AUGUCGACGCCGCCACAGACCGCAGACAACGAUAUCUUUCUGUCUCCCACUACGCCUGACCGCAAGCAAUUCGAUGGCGUGACCUUGGCAUCUCGAGCAGGUUCAGACGCGCAAUUGAGUGAAACGUCGACUCGCUUACGCUCCAACUCGGGUAUCUCAGCUGCCUCGUCUAAUACUUAUCAUUCAAAGACCAGCUUUGAAUGCGAGUCACCCGACGAAGCCCUACGGCCCGACCCCGGCAACGAGAAAGACUUCAACGUCUCAUCUAACCCAUUCGCAUUUUCGCCUGGUCAGUUGAACAAGCUACUGAAUCCGAAAUCACUAUCAGCCUUCAAAGCACUCGGAGGGCUGAGAGGCCUCGAAAAGGGUUUACGCACAGACAUCAGAUCUGGUCUUUCUUUGGACGAACUUCACUUGGACGGUCAAGUAUCUUUUGAAGAUGCUACUCACGUCGACAGCAAAGAACCCCUCGAUGUCGACAGCAGUGACCUCAAGCGAUCCAACUCAAUACCUGUCGCCAAGAAGGACCUCAAGGGUCAAUUCGAAGACCGCAUCCGGGUUUUCAAGGACAAUCGGCUACCUGAACGAAAGCCUGACAGCAUAUUUGUACUCAUCUGGAGGGCGUAUAACGACAAGAUUCUCAUUCUUUUAACCGUAGCUGCGGUCAUCUCACUGGCUCUGGGAAUUUUUGAAACUGUUCACGGCGGUGGUGGAGUCGAUUGGGUCGAAGGAGUGGCUAUCUGCGUCGCUAUUUUCAUUGUCGUUGCCGUCGGCUCCGUCAACGAUUGGCAAAAAGAACGGCAGUUCCUCAAACUCAACAAACGAAAGGACGAGCGCGAGGUUAAGGUCAUUAGAUCUGGGAAAUCGAUUCAGAUCUCAGUCUACGAUGUUACCGUGGGUGACGUGAUGCACCUUGAACCUGGUGAUGCUGUACCUGCCGACGGUAUCUUCAUCACCGGCCAUGGUGUCAAAUGCGACGAAUCCUCCGCGACAGGCGAAUCCGACCAGAUGAAAAAGACACCCGCAGAAGAUGUCUGGCAGCGAUUGCAGGAUGGUACCGCAACCGCAAAACUCGACCCAUUCAUCAUCUCCGGCAGCAAGGUCCUCGAAGGAGUCGGUACCUUCCUUGUCACUAGCGUGGGUGAAAACAGCUCUUUCGGCAAGAUCAUGAUGAGCCUGCAGACUGACAACGAUCCGACACCCCUCCAAGUCAAACUCGGUAAUCUCGCCAACUGGAUCGGCGGCCUAGGUUCAUCUGCUGCAAUUCUUCUCUUCUUCGUCCUGACCAUCAAGUUCUUGGCCCAUCUGCCAAACGACGACCGAGAUGCGGCUGCCAAGGGCCAGGAGUUUCUAGAUAUCCUGAUCGUCGCCAUCACUGUUAUUGUGGUCGCUGUGCCGGAAGGCCUACCACUCGCGGUCACGCUGGCUCUUGCCUUUGCGACAACCCGUAUGCUCAAAGAGAAUAAUCUUGUCCGUGUCUUGCGAGCUUGCGAGACCAUGGGAAAUGCGACAACGAUUUGCUCUGACAAGACUGGUACGCUGACCCAAAACAAGAUGACAGUGGUGGCUGGCACCAUCGGUGCUGACCAGAAGUUUGCGACCUCCGGAUACACGGCAGAGAAGGCUUCUCCGCCCCAGACUCUGUUCAGCCAGAUUCCAUCUGACCUCAAAAAUCUCAUCCGCACUUCGAUCAGCAUGAACAGCACUGCUUUUGAAGGCGAGGAGAAAGGCAUCGCCACCUUCAUCGGAUCAAAAACCGAGGUUGCCAUGCUCACUUUGGCCAAGGAACAGCUUGGGCUGGACCAUCUAGCAGCGGAGCGUUCGAACUACAAGGUCAAGCAGCUUAUCCCGUUCGAUUCAGGACGCAAGUGCAUGGGAGUCGUCAUCAAGCUUAGCUCUUCCCAUGGUAGCGGCUACCGCCUGCUUGUCAAGGGUGCAGCGGAGAUCAUGCUGGCUCACGCUUCUCGCACGGUCUUGCCCACUUCCGCCGGCACGGACACAUUCGAGGUCGAGCCUAUGCGCGCAGAGCAUACCCAGCAGAUUGGACACAUCAUCGAAGACUACGCUCAGCACUCCCUUCGCACAAUUGGCAUGCUCUACGCCGACUUCCCAACUUGGCCGCCCCAUGAUGCCAAAGUGCUUGAGGAGGAUCCCAAGAUGGCAAACUUCGACUCCAUCUUCCAUGACCUCACCUGGGUUGGGGUUGUCGGUAUUCACGAUCCUCUUCGCGAGGGAGUCGUUGAAGCUGUUGCACAGUGUCAGAAGUCCGGCGUUGUUGUCCGCAUGGUUACUGGCGACAAUGUCAACACAGCCCGUGCUAUCGCUCGCGAUUGUGGCAUCCUUCGUGACGAUGAUGAGGAGAACGAGAUCGUCAUGGAAGGUCCCAAGUUUCGCCUUCUCGGCGAACAGGAAAUGGACGCCGUCCUGCCCAAAUUGCGCGUACUGGCUCGGAGCUCCCCUGAUGACAAGCGUAUCCUGGUUGGCCGCUUGAAGGCUCUCAAAGAAACCGUCGCUGUCACCGGUGACGGGACCAAUGAUGGUCCUGCAUUGAAAAUGGCCGAUGUUGGGUUCUCGAUGGGCAUUGCUGGUACUGAAGUUGCGAAAGAAGCAUCCUCGAUCAUUCUGUUGGAUGACAACUUCAGCUCCACGAUCACCGCGCUGAUGUGGGGUCGCUCUGUCAACGACGCAGUGAAGAAAUUCCUGCAGUUUCAGAUCACCGUCAACAUCACCGCCGUUGUCCUCACAUUCGUCUCAUCAGUCAGCAGUGGCUCGAACUCGUCAGUUCUGACAGCAGUGCAACUGCUCUGGGUCAAUCUGAUCAUGGAUACUCUCGCAGCUCUCGCACUGGCCACGGACCCGCCCACCAAGGCCAUUCUGAAUCGUCCCCCACAGCCCAAGACGGCACCACUGAUUACCAUCAAUAUGUGGAAGAUGAUCAUUGGUCAGACGAUCUAUCAACUUGUGGUCACGUUUGUGCUCUACUUCGCAGGACACAGCAUUUUCGGUCUCGAUCCCACACCAGUGGACCAGAGAGACCCACUCGACACAAUUGUUUUCAACUCGUUCGUCUGGAUGCAAAUCUUCAAUGCUUUCAACAACAGGCGGUUGGAUAACAAAUUCAACAUCUUUGAGAACAUGUUCAAGAACUAUUGGUUUAUGAGCAUCCUGACCAUUAUGAUCGCGGGUCAAAUCAUGAUCGUUUUCGUUGGUGGUGCGGCCUUCUCGGUGUCACGCCUCAAUGGGCCGCACUGGGCGAUCUCAAUCCUCACUGCUCUGCCCUGCUUAUUGUGGGCUGUCUUGGUGCGAAUGUUCCCCGAUGAGUGGUUCGCGGCAGUCUUUGAGCCUUGUCUGGCCGGGAUCCGAUGGGCCCUGCUGCCAGUCUGGACAGCUACCAAAGCAGCAUUCCGCCCCGUUUGGCGGGCGACCAAGGCAACUUUCCGGCCCAUCGGGCGACUCUUCGGGCGCAAGAAGAAGACCGAAGAGUCUGACGACGACAAGCUAGCGGAUGAGGAGCAGGCCAGCCUCAAAGGCAAGACUGUUUAUGGCGAGGCCGGCGCACCCAGCACACCAAUACAGGUCUCCUCAAAUGACCCUGUGCUGAAAGUCGAGAAUCCGCAGCAAAGAGACGUGCCGAAAUUCGAAGUUACGGCACCAGAAGAGGCGGAUGACAGGGAGGUGCCUACCGUCAAAGUCGACGGUCCCAAAGACUGA